GUUUGUUAAUUAUGCAAAGGCACUUAACAUUUCAAUUGUACGGAAACGGAAUUACAAGUGAAAUGAAUAUAAAAUCACUAUAAGGAAAUAUCUUGAGAAAUUAUUGUAAUACAUGUGUUUUAUCAAAAUGCGUCACCUAAUUCUCUUGGCGUGCGUGGUGUGUGCAGCACUAGCCCUUCCAGUUCCAGAAAUGGAUCAAAAACAACAAAUCGCACAAAUAGCACAAUUAAUACCACAGGAAACGUUAGAAAAAUUAAUUUUAAUCGACCCAAACAGUCAACUUAGUGAGAGGAACAAAAGAACAAUCGGAGUCCUGAGGGAACUUUUCCCAAAUUUGUCUCAGGUCCAAUCCUUCGAGGAUGGCAACAGUGUCAACGACGUCCAGGGUGAAAGCAGUGACAUAUCCUUGGCCAGAGUAGAUGCCCCUAAGGAUCAACAAGAAGCCGCCUCUGCAAACUCACCAGCUGUCGACGAUUUAUCUUUGGACGAUGACCAGAACGACGAAAACCGUAACAAGAGAUAUUUGCCUUCGGUGUAGGAGGCAGUAUUAGUGCAGGAGCUAGUGCCGGUGGCUCAGGAGGAAGUGGUUCUGGAUCCGGUAACUUCCUGUUCGAUAUUAUCCGACCGGUGACCAGGCUGCUCGUCAUCGCCAACCGCGGCCUGGCCAACCUCAUCCAGGACCUCAUUCUGCGCGCCGCCGCCACAAGUGAAAGACUAGUCAACU